AUGGUUUUGUAUCUGAUCAUCCAGUACUUUGCGGAAUUCUGUCUGUGCUCGUUAAUUGUCACCAUCUUGUCCAUAGUUUGUGUGCGCUUUAUCGGAGAGAAAAAUGUGCCCUGCAAGUGUACAGCUCGAUUGGAUGGGAAGACUGUGCUGGUGACUGGAGGCAGCAUGGGCAUCGGACUGGCCACAGCUCGGGACUUGGCUCGGCGCGGCGCCAGGCUCAUCCUCACGUGCGUCAACGAACACACGGCCAAGGCAGCGGCCGAGGAGCUGAUCGCUACCACCGGCAACCAAGACAUCCACUACAGGCAACUAGAUCUAUCCAGCUUCGACAAUAUACAAAACUUCGCUCAAGAUAUCAACGAAAACUUCGACAAACUACACAUACUACUCAACAACGCCGGGAAAUCAUGUCAACCAACGGAAAAAAUUAGAAUCACCGAAGAUGGUCUUGAAUCAACGAUGCAAGUGAACUUCGUCGGACUUGCACUUCUGACCCUUCUUCUUCUCCCUAAAUUGAAUGCUUCGAAGCCGAGUCGGAUCGUCAAUACAUCUUCAAAAGCGUUUAAAACUCACCAAUUUAUACUCGAUGAUAUUACUACCUACCGGCCUAUGUUUGCGUUGAAGAUAUACUCAAACAGUAAGCUCUGUGUGUUAUUGUGGACCAAAGCGCUGUCCAGGCGUUUGUCAGACGGGAUAACCGCGAACGCUUUACAUCCAGGGACGGUGAAUACAAAUAUAUACGUGACUAAGAACGAUCGCUUAAUGAAUUACAUAUUUACGAAAUUGGUACGGUUUGUCUUUAAAACGCCGGUAGAAGGCGCCCAGACUUCCAUCCACUGCUGCGUGGCCAGCAGCCUCGAAGGCGUCACGGGACAGUACCUAGCAGACUGUCAGAUAUCAGAAUCUGUAGAAGCUUUUGAUGAUUUUGAAUACACAGAAAAAAUUUGGGAGAAAACCAUGGCAGUUAUUAAAAGCAGACUUCCUGAUGAAGUCUUGAAACAAAUUACAGUUUCUCACAAAUAA